AUGAUUCCUGUACUCAGUGUAUCAGUGUCGGAGGUGUCGGAUGAUACCUUCACGAUUCCUGUAUUCAGUGUAUCGGUGUCUGAUGAUACAUGUAUGAUUCCUGUACUCAGUGUAUCAGUGUCGGAGGUGUCGGAUGAUACCUUCACGAUUCCUGUAUUCAGUGUAUCGGUGUCUGAUGAUACAUGUAUGAUUCCUGUACUCAGUGUAUCAGUGUCGGAGGUGUCGGAUGAUACCUUCACGAUUCCUGUAUUCAGUGUAUCGGUGUCUGAUGAUGAUACAUGUAUGAUUCCUGUACUCAGUGUAUCAGUGUCGGAGGUGUCGGAUGAUACCUUCACGAUUCCUGUAUUCAGUGUAUCGGUGUCUGAUGAUACAUGUAUGAUUCCUGUACUCAGUGUAUCAGUGUCGGAGGUGUCGGAUGAUACCUUCACGAUUCCUGUAUUCAGUGUAUCAGUGUGUCUGGAUGAUACAUGUAAGAUUCCUGUACUCAGUGUACCAGUGUCGAAGGUGUCGGAUGAUACCUUCACGAUUCCUAUUCCUGUACUCAGUGUACCAGUGUCGAAGGUGCCGGAUGAUACCUUCACGAUUCCUGUAUUCAGUGUAUCGGUGUCUGAUGAUACAUGUAAGAUACCUGUACUCAGUGUACCAGUGUCGAAGGUGCCGGAUGAUACCUGUAUGAUUCCUGUACUCAGUGUAUCAGUGUCGGAGGUGACGUGUCCACGAAGGACAGGUAACGAAGUGUUGGUGUCGGUGUUGUAG